AUGCCCGUCGAUAGCGAAAUUAACAUGGCAGCGCGCCAAAACGUACCAGAACUUGGUGGAUAUGAUUAUGAAUUCACUGUCAAAGUUCCUGAUAACUGUGACUGUCUUGUGUGCCAUUUACCAAUGAAGGAUCCAGUUCAGAUUGUAGGAUGUGGACACAGACUCUGCAACAUCUGUAUGGAAUCACUCUUGCGGUAAUGUCGAAUGUAAUUUUGCAUGUGGUCAUUACACGGCAUUUUACAUUGUACAACAACUAUAUCUGGAACACAAAAUAUAAUUGAUCCACAACCUAAAUAAAGCGUCUUCAGCUCGUCCUAGUAAUCAACGCAUUCUUGCAAGAGUUAAAAGGAUUCGGAGUUCGAGAUUAAGUUUUUAUUUUGAUUUCCUUGAAAGAGCAAUAAUGUGAAUUUGAAUACUUUAUUUUCACACUUAAAUUCCAUUACUGUACUCAUUAAGUUCUGCUCAUGCUACCACGACUAUUGUUUCCUUUCACAAUUAGGGAUUGUUUACUUAAAAAUAAUUUCAUUUCUCUAUCUCUUCAUUGACUGUCUACAGACGCCCUUCGCCAUUGUGUCCAGCAGAUAGGGAACCAUUGUCGCGUGACAAGGUAAGAGUUUUUAUAUCAACAAGUCACGCAACCGCGUGUAAUAUGUGGGGAGAUAAUCAGGUAGCCUGAAGCAAUUCUCGUUUUCUCUUGUUUGUUCUAUUAUCGCUUCACGUCAUUUCUAGUGGAAUGUUUGUUCCAAAGAAACUCUCCGUAACAUCCACUCACAUUUAAAGGAAACCCCCCGUAAAUUAUCAAAAACGAUCUUCAUAGUUGAUAUAUUUGGUACAAAUGGUUGAAAUAUUUCGAAACGUAUCGGCCAUUUUGAAACUGGUAUUUUGUGCUUAUCGCCAUGUUCAAUCGUAUGAUACUUUACAGUUGCCCCCAGCAUCUCCGAUUUCACAUGACGUCAUAAAAAUUUAAAAUCCAAACUAAGAAGGGCUAUCACAAUUUUACCUCCGAAAGACAAAACCUAAAAAUUAAUCUUUCGAAGAGGUUUCAGUGUCGCGGGGUUCUGUGUUGUGAAAAUAUAGCGAUUUCUAAUUUCGUAAUUUUUUGUCGCUCGACAUUGAAUCAGCGGCCCGGAAAGCUGAUACGUACAUAAAAUAUGAUUUUAUGGUGUACUUUUUUGCUCCAUGAGCAUUAGAAACAAGAGAAAAUGUUUUAAGAUGAAUGUUCGCAAGUUCAGAGUGGAUAACGGUGUUUUCUGAUGAAACAAAGGCCAAAGUAGGAGCCCAUUUGUGGCCCAUUGAAAGUACCAGCCGCUCUUACUUUGUUUUAUCACACUUGGACAUGGAUUACUCGGAUAUGAAUUUGAAAUAAUUCUUAUUCUGGCAGAUAUUUCCAGAUUCUGCCCAUCGUCGCGAAAUACUGGAUCUGACCGUGAAGUGUCCUCACUUUGGAUGUUCAUGGACUGGAGAACUGCGUGCUGUUGAGGUAUAACUGAUGUGUCUGAUAUGGAACAAAAAAUUCCAAUCAUUUGUGACUUUUCUUGAACAAAAAUCAGUGUACUCAUCCUACUCUAACAUUUCAGUCUAUUGAAGUAAGAUCGAACCGGCGGACUUCUGUUCAAAAGUACCUUAAAAUUUGCCAUUUUAGCUCCAUUUAUUUGAGGAGAUUUAUGUCAGUUCGUGCUAUCAGUAAGUAAGGUCAUUUACUUGAUCUGAAAGCGUGUCAGAUUUACUUCCGAACAAAGGAAAUUGAAGCGAAAGAGGUGUUGAUGAGGAACGUUGAGGUGACUUAUGCAAAUAACCAGGAUUUUCUAAGAUAGCGCAAACAAGUUUUUUUUUUUUACUUUGACGCUCAAAAGCUAAAAAAAAGAAAUUUGAAAACGAUGCAGUUUUUUUUGCACUUUUUUCGGAAAUAAAGUAAAGGAAAUCAGUAACAGGGCCGCGGAAAUUCAAUUAGCGAUCCCCUUCAUUCGUGACGCGGAAAUUAAAGCUAACCAUAACUAACGAAACUAAAAUUUAGCGGGGUUGUUCUAUUUAGCCUUUAGUUGAUUUAAGGAAUUAUUUAUUUCCCAUUAUAAAGUAUCUAUAAAAACUCUGUCUUUUACAUUUGUAGGAACACCAUUCAGAAUGUCUGUUGAAAGAAGUGCAAUGUUCAAACUCAGGAUGUACAGAGAAGCUUACCAAGAAAGACAUGAAAGUUCACGCGUCAUCUGAAUGUUCUUGGAGGACAAUCAACUGUGAACAUUGCCAAGAAUCAUUCGUCUUUCAUGAAAAGCGGGUAUGUAGACAUCCAUAUAAACAAAUGAACUUAAAAGAACAUUUGCUUAGACCCAAUUAUAUUGCUAAGAGUACUUUCCAUAUGCCAGUGUUUCUAUCAAAACUGCAAUUCUCUUCCAGUGUAGUGCCAGCCUUUACGUAACUGAUAUAAUUACACAGUCUUCUUCUAUGAGAACGUCUCAGAAAAAAAAAAAUGUUCCAGCCACACUUUUACUCUGGGUUGUGAGGUCGCCUUUUCCUCGCAGCCAUUCUUUGGGAUGUCACGUAACUGUUCCCAUUAAACUCUUGUGGAGGGCGAUGCGUGAAAAUAUGGCUACGAAGGUUCCCUGCAUUCAAAAGUUUUUUAUCAUAUAAACUGCGGCGUUACACAGGGAUUUCCAGCCCUGAGAAAAGCCGUAACAACACACGUGAAAAGAUACGAUAUAUUUUUUGUUUGAUUUGAAAAGUUGAUUUGGUCGUUUCUCUGCUAAAAAUUUCAUGAGUUCAUGAGAAUUUUCAUUAAAUCUAAUGUAUUUCAGGAGAGAGUCGCGAGAGGGUUGAAAGCCUCUUGAACUUUAUCCUAAAUUAUGAUUAAAAACGACUCGACUGUCGUUUAGUUAUCUGCUGUCGUUGAGAACCAAUUUCACCAUCAUAUUUAAGCAUGUUCAAACAUGUUCUCCCUUGUUCUUUAGAACCAUUUAGAAGUUUGCCAAAAGUUUCUUGUUCCGUGCACCAACAGCUGCGGCUCUAGAGCGAUUCCACGAGAAAAGGUUUGUUUAAACCGAUUAUAAGCAGGCAAAAAGGUUCCUAUCAGAAACAGAAUGCUUACCUUGAGUGUGCCUCAGUCGGUCUCUCAGAGGAGAAGUCAAAAUAUUGCGAAAAUCGUCCAAUUAAACAUGUAGAGGCCAUCUGAGUUUUAAGGCUGGGAUUAACGAUAAUUGGCUGUGGAAUAUUAGGUUUACCUACAAAGAUUUCUAACAUGUUUAUAUGCGAACCAUAUCGUUGCAGAUCAUAGAUCGAUCUGGUGUUCCCAGAACUGAAGUAUUAGGGAAGACAAAAGGUUAAGCAAUCGUCCAUGCCGAAACUUGCAUUUUCAUUGUCAGUGUUCAUGACGAAUGUUUCAUAAUUUUUUUGUUGCCUUUUUUAUAGCUUGAGGUUCACAUUCGCGAUGAAUGUCCUGAAACUGAAGUCCACUGUGAAUACAGAAACUUGGGAUGCGAUGCUAUGGUAUGGACUUGCCUAAAAAUUAUUUCUCUCUCAGUGUAAACCAUACCAUACCAUGCGUAGUAUAUUUACAGGGCGAAGAAAAAUACGAGCAGUAAGCCUGUGAUAAGAAAGGUUAUCUUGCAAAGGCUUACAAGACGUAAAAUUAGAUACCGUUGUCGAUCAAAGGUGUCACAGGUUAUGGUUGCUUACCAUGGUUCAAAAGAGUCAAGUUACAUAGCAAUAUAGUAAAUGGUUUGAACUCGGGGGUAACAUGUGUAAAAUAUUAAACUUCAAGAGGACCAAUCAUCUCUUCUGAUAGUGUAGUCUCAUCGUGCGGGUGAAUGUAGUCCUGAGAAAGACUGUUGAUGGUAUUAAUGACUGAGGUUUAGAUAACCUGAGCCAAAGUCAUCAUCAGAGUGAAAUGAGAAAUUGCUUUCGGUCGAAUGUACUAGGUAUGCUUCGCCGUAAACUGAUUGGUCAGUUUAGCCGUGAUGUUAUUGUCUCUUAGACUUAAGUGGCGUAGGUCGCUCAUAAUUGGUCGGUUUUGAACCAUCGGUAAAAUUAGGUAGUUCUGUUCGGAACGUUUGUCAUGUUAAUGUAGCGAAUAAGUCGGCGAAUAAAUCGUUUGCGUGGUGCCGUUAGUAGUUGACACCCGUUGAGCGGAGCUGUUCUAAGUUAGUAAACCAGCUUUCCAGAGUUAAUCGUUGAAAAGAGUUAGUGCUGUAGGUUAAGCACUGCGCAAACGGUUAGGUUUAGACGCCUACUAAUGCACCUCAAUGCACGAAUUUGAGAUUUACUUCGAUUUAAAAAAGAGCUUAAUUCACCUUGAUCUUUCUAGUUUCCACGAUCAAACACCAGUUCUCAUACAAGGUCUCAAGUUGAACGUCACUUAAGUCUAGCCCUCCAUUGCCUCAACGCCAAUCGGUUGCAGGUUAAUGAUCUGGUCAGCCUUGUCAAGGAACAGUCACAGCAAACAGAACGAUUGGUGGCCCAAGUAAAGGAAGAGUCACAGCGAAGAGAACGAUUGGAGGCUCAAGUUAGGGAACAGGUACAGCAAAUAGAACGAUUAGAGGCCCAACUUAAGGAACAGUCACAGCAAACAGAACGAUUGGAGGCCCAAGCCAAGGAACAGUCACAGCAAACAGAUAGAUUGGUGGCCCAAGUUAAAGAACAGUCACAGCAAACAGAACGAUUGGAGGCCCACGUAAAGAAAAGUCACAGCAAAGAGAACGAUUGGAGGCCCAAGUUGAAUAAGAGUCACAGCAAAGAAAACAAUUGGAGCCCCACGUUUAGGAACAGUCACAGCAAACAGAACGAUUGGAGGCCCAAGUUAAGGAACAGUCAGAGUCAAGAGAACGAUUGGGGGCCUAACUUAAGGGAAAGUCACGGCGAAGAGAACGAUGGGCGGCCCAUGUCAAGGGAGAGUCACAACGAAGAGAAAGAUUGGUGGCCCAAGCCAGGGAAGAGUCACAACCAAGAGAAAGAUUGGGGGCCCAACUCAAGGGAGAGUCAUAGAGAAGAGAACGAUGGGUGGCCCAAGCCAAGGAAAAGUCACAACCAAGAGAAAGAGUGGGGGCCCAACUCAAGGGAGAGUCACAGAGAAGAGAACGACGGGGAUCCCAACUCAAGGGAGAGUCACAGAGAAGAGAACGAUGGGUGGCCCAGGAAAGAUCGGGAGCCUGACCCAAGGAAGAGUCACAUCGACAUGACUUGGUGGUUCAAGUCAAGGAAGAGUCACAGCAAAGAGAAAGAUUGGUGAUCCUAGUAAGGAACAGUCACAGCAAACAGAACGAUUGGAUUCCCAGGUUAAGGAAGAGUCACAGCACAUAGAAUAGCUUGAGAUAGCGCAUAGUACCAUAGGUAAUGAUAAUGGAAAGUAUCCAAAUUUAAGGCUAUUUUUCAAAAAGUAAUACAAAAGAAACCGGAAGUUAUAAUAAGCGAACCCUUUUUUAUGGAAAAA